CCCAUCCCUAAGUAUUCGUAAUCAAAAGGUUGUGUACAUGCAUAGUAAUCCUAGACUGGCCUCCUCUACAAAUGGCGUAAUUAGAUAGAACAGCUGUUAAGUUUCCCGGCGCAUAGUCGACUUUUAAAUUUCUCCUUCAACUGUUUACCAAACUGUCACGUGUAGCUAUGGUCGCGUACGGCUGACGUCAUCCAGGGCGACGGCUACUGAAGCCACUCGGCCUUCCCGAAUUGUAGCGACAGCCGCACGAGAGCAAGACUGGUGGGGGUGAGGCAGAAGUUUCAGCGAGGUUAGAAAGUUCUCCAUCGCCGACAAACGGAGGACAAAAGGAAAAAUCUGCCAUUUACUGUAACGUUUAAAUGGAUGUGAAAGAGGAGACGUGUGAGGCUGACCUGAAUAUCAUGGAGGAGAGGACCAUAAAUAUUAAGGAGGAGGACUGUGAUUGGGAGAGUGUCCACCCCAAACAGGAGAGUCUGGACAUCAAGGAAGAGGACCGUGAACUGGGGUCAGUGUGUUUAAAAGAGGAGGAUGAAGAGAAGUGUAUCAGCAGUGAGAUACACAACUAUAGGAGUAUGGAGAGCGUCAAGGAAGAUGACCUUCAUUAUGAACAUCAAGAUGGAGCAGUGACCGGGUUAGUCUCUUCUCAAAGCAGACACCUUUCAUCUCCAGAGUUUUCUGUCAAUGUAAAAGAUGAAUCGUUACAGUCUGACAUAAAAGGUACUGAAGAAAUUUCAUCUCAGCCACCACCUAAAACAUCAUCUGAAAAAAGAAUCAAACUUCACUGCUGUUCUGAAUGUGGCAAACAGUUUUCAAUAAAAUGUAAUCUUCAAAGGCAUCAAAGACUUCACACAGGAGAGAAGCCUUAUUGCUGCUCUGAGUGUGGCAAAAAGUUUUCACAGAAAAGCAAUCUUCAGAGCCACCAAAAACUUCACACAGGACAGAAGCCAUAUUGCUGUUCUGAAUGUGGUAAAAAGUUUACACAGAGAAGCAGUCUUCAGAGCCACCAAAAACUUCACACAGGACAGAAGCCAUAUUGCUGCUCUGAGUGUGGCAAAAAGUUUUCACAGAGAUGCAAUCUUCAGAACCACAAAAUAAUUCACACAGGACAGAAGCCAUAUUGCUGCUCGGAGUGUGGCAAAAAGUUUUCACGGAGAAGCCAACUUCAGAGCCACAAAAUAAUUCACACAGGGGAGAAGCCAUAUUGCUGUUCUGAGUGUGGCACAAAGUUUUCACAGAGAAGCAAUCUUCAGUGCCACCAAAGAAUUCACACAGGGGAGAAGCCAUAUCGCUGCUCUGAAUGUGGAAAACAAUUCUCUUAUAGUAAUUCUUUUCAGAAACACAUUAAAAUUCACUCCGGAGAGAAACCGUAUUGCUGUUCUGAAUGUGGCAAACAGUUUUCAUGGAAAAGCAAUCUUCAAAGCCACAAAAUAAUUCACACAGGACAGAAGCCAUAUGACUGUUCUGAAUGUGGUGAAAAGUUUUCACAGAGAAGGGAUCUUCAGAGCCAUCAAGUAAUUCACACAGGACAGAAGCCGUAUUUCUGCUCUGAAUGUGGCAAACAGUUUUCAUGGAAAAGCAAUCUUCAAAGGCACCAAAGACUUCACACAGGAGAGAAGCCAUAUGACUGUUCUGAAUGUGGUAAAAAGUUUUCACAGAGAAGGGAUCUUCAGAGCCAUCAAAUAAUUCACACUGGACAAAACCCGUAUUGCUGCUCUGCAUGUGGCAAACAGUUUUCACGGAGAAGCAGUCUUCAAAGGCACCAAAGACUUCACACAGGAGAGAAGCUAUAUGACUGUUCUGAAUGUGGUAAAAAGUUUUUGGAGAGAAGGGAUCUUCAGAGCCACCAAAGAAUUCACACAGGACAGAAGCCAUAUUGCUGUUCUGACUGUGGCAAAAUGUUUUCACAGAGUCGCAGUCUUCAGAACCAUCAAAUAGUUCACACGAGAGAUUUUGAUGAUGAGGGUCAUGUGGACAUCUGGGACACCCGCCAUUCAAUCCAUAAACAUGAGGCAGUGUGGUAUGUUGAUCAGGAGAUGAUGGAGCACAUCGUCACCAUAGAAGAAAUGGAGGAGACAACAGAAAAUAAAAUGGAUGUGAAAGAGGAGACGUGUGAGACUGACCUGAAUACCAUAAAAUUAAGGAUCAUAAAUGUUAAGGAGGAGGACUGUGAGUGGGAGAGUGUCCACCCCAAACAGGAGAGUCUGGACAUUAAGGAAGAGGACCGUGAACUGGUGUCAGUGAAAAUUAAAGAGGAGGAUGAAGAGAAGUGUGUCAGCACAGAGAUACACAACUAUAGAAGUUUGGAGAGUGUCAAGGAAGAUGACUUUCAUUAUGGACAUCAAGAUGGAGCAGUGACCGGGUUAGUCUCUUCUCAUAGCAGACACUCUUCAUCUCCGGAGUCUUCUAUCAAUGUAAAAUAUGAAUCAUUACAGUCUGACAGAAAGACAACUGAAGAGAUUUCAUCUCCUCGAACUGAGGAAGAUCAGCCAUCACCUAAGAAGUCAUCUAAAACAAGUGAUCCUGAGGCCAGCAUUGGCGAUGUUGAUACCGAUACUGAUACAGCCAGAGUGUCAUCUUGUAAGAAUGGUUACUCUUCUAUAAACACUUACGGAAAGAAAGAUCACUGCAGUGUGGAAUGUGGCAGAGAAUUCUCUAACAGGAGUGCUCUUCAAAUACUCAUGAGAGUUCACACAGGAGAGAAGACAUAUUGCUGUAAUGAAUGUGGUAAACACUUUUCACAAAAAGGCAAUCUUCAGAUACACAUGAGAAUUCACACUGGAGAGAAGCCAUAUUGCUGUAAUGAAUGUGGCAAACAGUUUGCACAUAAAAGCAAUCUUCAGAACCACACGAAAGUUCACACCAGAGAGAAAACAUAUUGCUGUAAUGAAUGUGGUAAACAGUUUUCAUAUAAAGGCAAUCUUCAGACACACAUGAGAGUUCACACAGAAGCGAAGAAAUAUUGCUGUAAUGAAUGUGGUAAACAGUUUUCAUAUAAAGGCAAUCUUCAGACACACAUGAGAGUUCACACAGAAGCGAAGAAAUAUUGCAGUAAUGAAUGUGGUAAACAGUAUUCACAAAUUUGCCAUCUUCAGAUACACACGAGAGUUCACACUGGAGAUAAGCCAUAUUGCUGUAAUGAAUGUGGUAAACAGUUUUCACGUAUAAGCCAUCUUCAGAUACACACGAGAGUUCACACUGGAGAGAAGACCUAUUGUUGUAAUGAAUGUGGCAAACGGUUUUCAUCAAAAGGCAAUCUGCAGAGACACACGAGAGUUCACACCGGAGAGAAGCCAUAUUGCUGUAAUGAAUGUGGUAAACAGUAUUCACAAAUGAGCCAUCUUCAGAUACACACGAGAGUUCACACUGGAGAGAAGCCAUAUUGCUGUAAUGAAUAUGGUAAACAGUUUUCAUCAAAAGGCCAUCUUCAGAUACACACUAGAGUUCACACCGGAGAGAAACCAUAUUGCUGUAAUGAAUGUGGUAAACAGUUUUCAUCAAAAGGCCAUCUUCAGAUACACACUAGAGUUCACACCGGAGAGAAGCCAUAUUGCUGUAAUGAAUGUGGCAGACAGUUUUCAUCAAAAGGCAAUCUGCAGAGACACACGAGAGUUCACACCGGAGAGAAGCCAUAUUGCUGUAAUGAAUGUGGUAAACAGUAUUCACAAAUGAGCCAUCUUCAGAUACACACGAGAGUUCACACUGGAGAGAAACCAUAUUGCUGUAAUGAAUGUGGCAAACAGUUUUCACGAAUGAGCCAUCUUCAGAUACACAGGAGAGUUCACACUGGAGAGAAGCCAUAUUGCUGUAAUGAAUGUAGUAAACAGUUUUCACGAAUGAGCCAUCUUCAGAUACACAGGAGAGUUCACACUGGAGAGAAGCCAUAUUGCUGUACUGAAUGUGGCAAAAAGUUUUCAGAAAAAGGCAAACUUCAGAAACACAUGAGUUUACACUGGAGAGAAGCCAUAGUACUGUAAUGAAUGCAAUAAACAGUUUUCACAGAUAGUCAGUCUUCAGAGACACAUGAGAGUUCACAACAGAAUAAAAACAGUAGCUGUUCAAAAAUCAAUCUAGAUAAAUAAGAACCCUUCAGGACUCAAGAGUGAGGUUCAGUUGUGUCCUGAAAUGUAAGCAAACUAAACUAUUGUUGAGAAAUGAAUCUCAAGAGAAGCCAUAUUGCUGUUUGGAAUGUGGCAAACAAAUCUGUCAGAGCAGUACACUUCAGAGACGCAGCAGAAUUCACACCGGAGAGAAGUACAACUGAACUGUCCUGACUAAAGAGUGAGGUUCACUCCUGCCUGGACAGUAAGCACAUGUAACGACUCAAAUCCAUCCUACUUAGUGUUGUGUCAAAAACAAAUCAACAUGGAGGAGACAUAGAAGUUUAUAUCCUUUUUCCUUUUCCAGAAGCAAAAUAAAGAACAGGGCGUCACAAACGGCUUCUCACCAAAGCCCCUACAGCCUCCACCAUGUGCCUAGCUCUGUUUUCAUAACAUACGUAUUACAUAUAGAACUAUUUACAAUGUAUUACACACAUUUCAUCAGAAAACAGAAAAAAAAAACUUUACAAUAUACAUAGCCUCACACAAUAAAUAAUAGUUAUGCUUUAUAAUAUUAUAUAUUUUGCUAUUUUAAUAUAACAAAAAAUAAGAAAACAUACCUUGACAAAUAAAGAACAAACAGCUUCUCGCCAAUGCUUAUUAAAUAAUAAAUCAAUUACUAAUAAUUAUAAACACAUUAAAUAAUAAAUCAAUUACUAAUAAUUAUAAACACAAACUAUUAAUACAAAAUAAAAAAUUAAAAUCCAAAAUAUACACAUGAUCAUGCUGUACACCACGCUGAAUCGUGUUUUAACACUGUGGCAGCGUACUAAAAGAAGAAAUGCUUUUUUAAAUUUUAUUUUAUUUUUGUUUGUUUGCUUUUGAUAAUAAAAGAUUCAAAACUGUAUAUAAGAACUCGGUGGGGGUGGGGGGGGGGGCACAUAACUUAUUUAACACUUGAGAAUUAUCAAAUAAUAUACAUGUCAAAUAAAUAGAAUAAAAUUAGAAAAGGCUUGGAGAGAGCAGACUUACCUGUACUGCAAUGGUUCUCAAUCUGUGGGGCGAGCCCCCCUAGUGGGGUGUGAAGUAACAAAAAGGGGGGUGCAAAGAUGUGAAAAAAGAAAACAAGAAUCAAAAAUAUGAAAAAUAAAUCUAUUGAAACCAAAACAAAUUAACUUAAACUACAUUCUGAUACUAGAAAAAUAGUUAUAAAUGUCGAUAAAUGUUAAGUAGGUAUAAUAAAAUAUGCAUCUGUGAUAUAUAAUUAAUUUAAAAAGAACAAAGUGGUAUUAGUGAGCUCAUUUAAAAAAAAAACAUUGGGGGGGGGGCAAUUAAAACUGUUAUGUAAACUCGGUUUUCAAAUACUUAAUGGUUGAGAGACGCUGCUGUACAGCAUCCACCAUCGCCUGAGGGUGCCUGCUGUCUGUGGGGAGUCACAUUAAUUAGCAUCCGUACUCCAAAUAUGACACUAAGUUUACACAAACAAUUGCUUUUGGGAAAAUUCAUAACUGAAAGAUACAAAAAAAUGAAAAAGACAGAAUACACUUCCCUACACAUAUUGCCAUAUUGCAGUACUGGAUGUGCCAACAAUUCUCACAAAUCAGAAUCUUCUGGGCCACAAAGAAUUCAGUCUGGGUGCCACCUCCAGAAGUGGACUUUGUUGGAGAAGAUCUACACCAGGGGGCUAUCAACCCUUUGUCAUGGCAUACCACCCCAAAAAAAAUAAAUGUUCU